AUGACUCGAACACUUCUUACAGUUAACGCUCGAGUAGUACCGGCGAUCCAUACAGGUCUCGCCUUGACGGGGUUUUUUGCAGCUUUUGUAACUGGGACUCUUUUGCAUUAUACAAAACUUACUCAACCUUUUGGUAUUGGCGAAUGGCUUCCAUCUGCAUUAGUGGUCAUUGGACGGUAUUUUCCUGAACGGUCGAUAUUCCAAAUAUUUGCAGCACUAGCUUCGUGGUUUCAUAUUGGGAUCGUUGUGAUCUGGUACUUUAUAACUAAGACUCCGAACUCAAAAGUUCCAGAACUAGUUUUUGCGUCAGGUUUGGUGAGGACAGUGUUUUUGGCGGGGAUCAUAUACAUUCCGAGCCAAGAUGAUCAUGAUACGCAUGACAAGUGUUUUGCAGGAUAUCUUUUAAUGACUGGUAUCUGGUUUUACGGCCUCCUUACCUUUACUGGAGGUACACAAGAUGGAGCACAACAAAUGAAGGGAGAGAAUGUGGAUCAAAGUGCAAGCGAAAUUGCUGACUCAGAAGCAGAUAUGAGCAUAUUACCUAGACAUGAGCAAACCAUUAAAUCACGGGAAAAACCUUCAAGUAAGCUUGGGCACGAACAAAACGAAGAAGAUAAAGAAGAUAGUAGUAAAAGAUACAGAAAACCCCAUGCUACUGAAGGAUACAAACUUCGAAAACAAAUAGCAAUUACAUAUGCCCUAUUGUUCAUUCCUUUGGGCCACUACAUGAUGCAGACACGGGUUUAUGGUUUAUCCGGAGCUGUGUCUAAGUAUGCUAUUUUUGAAUGGCUGGCAAUUAUUCUUGAUAUUGCAUUUGAUGGGGUAGCCAUGAAAGAGUUUAAUGGACUAGAAUUGAAGGUAUUAGCAUACCCAUAUCCAUCCCAUUACAACGGAUCACUUGGUGACGAAAAAGACGAAAAUCUGGACGAAGAUAAGACAGUUUCUUCAUCUCAAAAGGAGCACAUGGAACGGUACUUUGCUUGA